UCCAAGCACACAUAAGCGCGGCCACCACAGCGCUCACCCACGAGCGCAGGCGGCAGCAGGCAGGGAGGGAGCGAAGGCCAAGGCACUCACACACAGCAGUGCAAUGGCCGCCGAGGCACUCCCGCGGGCCGCCGCGCCGGCGCGCCGGCCGUCCGUGGCCGCCGCUUCCGCCUCGCGCCUCCUCCUCGGCCACCGCCCCUUCCUCGCGCCGUCCGCGUCCCGCUUCGCCGCCGGGCGCGCCGCGGUGGCCGGCCCGGCCGCCAGCCUCCGCCCGCGCCCGCGCAGGCCGCGCCUCUCGGUCGUCGCCAUGGCCGGCAAUGAUCGCCAAGUGCCUUUGGAGGAUUACCGCAAUAUUGGUAUUAUGGCUCAUAUAGAUGCUGGGAAAACAACAACUACAGAGCGCAUUCUGUAUUACACUGGAAGGAACUACAAAAUUGGUGAGGUUCAUGAGGGAACAGCCACAAUGGAUUGGAUGGAGCAAGAACAGGAGAGAGGAAUAACCAUUACAUCUGCAGCAACAACUGCCGUCUGGGACAAGCAUAGAAUUAACAUUAUUGACACUCCUGGGCACGUCGAUUUCACUCUUGAGGUUGAACGUGCUCUCAGGGUGUUGGAUGGUGCCAUAUGUCUCUUUGACAGUGUCGCUGGGGUAGAGCCACAAUCUGAAACUGUGUGGCGCCAAGCAGAUAAGUACGGAGUUCCAAGAAUAUGUUUUGUAAACAAAAUGGAUCGCCUUGGAGCUAACUUCUUUAGAACUAGGGACAUGAUAGUGGCAAAUUUGGGUGCAAAACCUUUGGUGAUACAGUUGCCGAUUGGUUCAGAGGACAAUUUCCAAGGAGUUGUUGAUCUAAUAAGAAUGAAGGCUAUUGUAUGGACAGGGGAGGAACUCGGUGCACAAUUUUCAUACCAAGACAUACCUGCUGAUCUCGAAGAGUUGGCUCAAGACUAUAGACUUCAGAUGAUCGAAACUAUUGUUGAAUUGGAUGAUGAAGCUAUGGAGGGCUAUCUAGAAGGAAAGGAACCUGAUGAGGCGACUGUGAAGAGAUUAAUCAGAAAAGGAACAAUAGGUGCCAGCUUUGUCCCCAUUUUAUGUGGUUCAGCCUUCAAAAACAAGGGUGUCCAGCCAUUGCUUGAUGCUGUUGUUGAUUACUUGCCAUCACCACUUGACCUGCCACCAAUGAAGGGUACUGACCCAGAUGACCCGGAAUUGAUUCUUGAAAGACGUCCAAGUGAUGAUGAACCAUUUUCUGGGUUAGCUUUCAAGAUCAUGACUGAUCCAUAUGUGGGGUCACUAACGUUUGUCCGCAUAUACUCAGGGAAGCUGAUCGCUGGUUCAUACGUUCUCAAUUCAAACAAAGAUAAGAAGGAAAGAAUUGGAAGGCUUCUAGAGAUGCAUGCAAACAGUAAGGAGGAUAUAACAGUUGCGGUGACAGGUGACAUAGUAGCUCUUGCUGGUCUGAAAGAUACUAUUACUGGUGAAACACUCUGUGACCCAGAUAAUCUUGUAGUGCUUGAGCGUAUGGAAUUUCCUGAUCCUGUCAUUAAGGUUGCUAUUGAACCAAAGACCAAAGCUGAUGCUGAUAAAAUGGCAAAUGGACUGAUAAAGCUUGCUCAGGAAGAUCCAUCCUUCCACUUCUCUAGAGACGAGGAAACCAACCAGACAGUUAUUGAAGGAAUGGGAGAAUUACACCUUGACAUCAUUGUAGACAGAUUAAAGAGAGAGUUCAAGGUUGAGGCAAAUGUUGGAGCUCCUCAAGUCAACUACCGUGAAAGUAUUUCCAAAAUUGCAGAGAUUCAGUAUGUCCACAAAAAGCAGUCUGGUGGUUCAGGGCAGUUUGCAGAUAUUAUUGUGCGGUUUGAACCUAUGGAGGCUGGAAGUGGGUAUGAAUUCAAGAGUGAAAUAAAGGGAGGGGCAGUGCCAAAAGAAUACGUACCAGGCGUGAUGAAGGGGAUUGAAGAAAGCUUGCCCAACGGUGUCCUUGCUGGUUACCCAGUUGUGGAUCUACGAGCAGUGCUGGUUGAUGGUUCCUACCACGAUGUUGAUUCAAGUGUCCUUGCCUUCCAAAUUGCAGCCAGGGGUGCCUUCCGUGAAGGAUUGAGGAAAGCUGGCCCACGACUCCUGGAACCUAUAAUGAGGGUUGAAGUGAUUACCCCUGAGGAGCAUUUGGGUGAUGUUAUUGGUGACUUGAACUCUAGAAGAGGACAAGUUAACAGCUUCGGAGAUAAGCCAGGUGGACUUAAGGUGGUUGAUGCUUUCGUGCCGCUGGCCGAGAUGUUCCAGUAUGUCAGCACUCUGAGGGGAAUGUCCAAGGGGCGCGCGUCAUACACAAUGCAGCUUGCCAAGUUCGACGUUGUCCCACAGCAUAUCCAGAACCAGCUUUCUGCGGCAAAAGAGGAAGCUGCUGCUUAAAUCUUCAGUAUUCGUAGAUAAUAUAUAUGAGGACGGCAGAGCAGGUGAGUAUAGGACAUCAAGGUGUAUGUAGCUUUGUAGUGUCGAACCCAGCGGGUGAUAUUAUUUGCCAUUGUUUUUGGACCUGAUAAUGUCCAUAAUUUUGCAAGCUGUUAUAAUUUCAUAAUGACCUUGUCAAGUUCUCACAAACGGGAAAACAGUUCGUUAUAAAUUUUGCUUACAUGCUUCAGUCCA